AUGUCAUUAUGUUCUGAGAAAUUAACACUUUGGAUUUUUAUCGAAGGCAGCUCGAGAUUUAAGAAAUUCCCUGUCGAAUGGAAUGAUUCACCACCAGACUUGGACGAUCUUGCAAGUAGACUUUGUGAAAAAGAAGAUAUUUUAAACCAGGGUACUCUUCUCACAAAUUUGUACCCAUUCUCUGACUCUGAAGUUCGUUGCCAACUAUCUACAUCUUGGUUCAGGAGCAGAUUUCAACACACAAAUGGCCUUUGCGAAGUGAAAAAGAAAAUUAAUGAGGAACAGGUCGAUGAUGAUUUUGCACUCAAUAAAAUAAUAGAGGAAGUUCAACCAGAUGAACGUGGAAAACGUGAAAUCGGAAAGCAGGCAUAUGGCGAAUGGGAAAUAGGUGAAGUUCUCGAGAAGAUUCUGCAUAAGAGUGCAAGAACCAUAUAUGACAUCAAUCAGUUUGACAUAACAGAGAAAAUUCCGCCAGAUCCAGAGAUUUCUGUUGCUGUUGAACAUGUCCAGUCAAAGGAAAGUAAGCUUUAUCUCAAGAGUGAAGAAUGGCUUGAUGGAAGUCGUGGUUUUGGUCCUGUCAACUAUUCUGUAUAUCUUGAGGAAUUUGUUUUAUUGGUCUGUGAAGCUAAAAAAGAGAAUUUUGAGAAAGGUGCUGCCCAGAACAUUGUGCAAAUGCAUAGUUCUGUGGCGGAUGGUUUUUUCUUCAAUGGAUUGGAUCCCCCGAAAUAUUCUCAAUUAGAAGUAUCUGGACCUCACAUGUGUGAUUUUGGCAAUUUUGGCCGUGAUGAAAUGAUAAAAGAUGCAAAGAAAAUAGCUAAUUACAUUGCCUUCAGUUUACAAAUGCAAAUUAGUGAUCUGGAUAGCAAUAAAAAACUUCAUCUGUAA